AUGUCCUUCCUCGUUGUCUCCCCCGACGGCCACCAUUUCUGAUUCCCAAACAGAAAGCUCGGAAGGCGAUGGCGAGACCAGAAUCCGUCACCCGUUUGCUCUCCCUGGUCUUCUUCGUGACCGUCGGCUUCUCGGCUAUUAGGGCGAACUCCCAAUCGCUGCCGCCGGCGAGGCCCGAUGGGUUCGUGUACUCGACUGACCCGGUCGGCCCGGAAACCAUCAUCAUCGAGGCGUUCUUGGACCCGGUCUGCCCCGACAGCAGGGACGCCUGGUGGCCCCUGAAGAAGGCCCUCGACUACUACGGGCCUCACGUUUGGCUCGUCGUCCACCUCCUCCCUCUCCCUUACCAUGACAACGCCUACGUAGCUUCCCGUGCUUUGCACAUUGUCAAUUCGCUGAAUAGCUCCGCGACCUUCCACUUAUUAGAGCUAUUCUUUAAGCAACAGGAGAAAUUUUACAAUGAUCAGACCCUCAACUUAUCAAAGGCUUCCAUCGUGAGACUUGUUGCAAAAUUUGCUACCCAAGCCGUGGGCAACUCGUUUUACUCCGCCAUAGAACAAGGCUUCAAUGAUCGGAGAACCGAUCUCAAGACAAGGGUGUCUUUCAAGUAUAGCACUUCAAAGGGAGUUUCUGCCACGCCAACCUUCUUCCUGAAUGGAUUCGUGCUGCCUCAUGCUGGUUCUCCCAUAGAUUUCGAGGGUUGGAAAAGCUACAUUGAUCCACUUAUCGGUGCAUCGAGCGACAAUGGGGAUGAAACCCUUCACUAUUUCCUGUAAAGAGCACUAUUGUGAAGAAUUCUCGUGCUCUAUAGUCGCUUCAUGGGCAAAGAUGUCAAGCACAGACAGGCCGUCCUGUUACUGUAGCCUGAAAAUAACAUAAACCGUAGCUCCACCCGGCCCCUUUGGGCUGCCUUUUAUGUUGGAUGUCAGUCAAUGCUGUGUCAUACUUUGUUACUGCAAUAUGUGAGUAUCAUCUAUAUAUUUUAUAAGUAAAA